CCUGAGAAGUGAAACUGUAUAAGCAGUUUCACCUGGAGCACCAUGGAUGACUCCAGGAGCCGCCAGAUGGAGGCCAUCUACCACCUGCUGGAGAGUUACAGGCUUGAGAAGUACUAUAAAGUAUUUCUAGAUAAAGGUGUCGCAGAUGAAAGGGACUUUAUUGACAGUGUAACUGAUGAGGAUCUGCAGGAAAUGGGCCUGAGUCAAAUGGAGAAGAAUCGCUUUGACAAAAUGAAAGAUCAUGUGAGAAGGCUCAGAUCCCGGCCCGACCACUCGGCUGUCCAGAAGACAUUGGAGGAAUUCUGCCUUCAAUACACGUUCCCUCAGUGUCCUGAGCCAAGAAGUAUCCGAGACAUGGAUCCUGCACAGAACACAGUUGAUGAUUUAAUGCUGAGGAUUUGUCAUCUUGAAAACGUUGGCAACAGUAAAGGUGUCUGUCUGUACACGGUGGACGGAAUGCCCCUGACGGAUGACCCCUUCUUCAACACGUGGUCUUUAAAAGACAGACAUAUCAAUGACAAAGACAAACUGUAUGCUAUAUUCACACCAAGGCAGAACCUAGUCAACAGUAUUGUGAUGAGAAACCCGACAGUGGAAGAAACCCCAGGAGAGGAUACGGUUUGGUGUCACAUAAUGCUUAAGGGAUACUUUGAAAUAUCAGUAAACUUGAGGUCUGACACCAUUACCAAUUUGAAAGACAAAUUGUCAAAUGAAAGUGGAAUACCAGCACAUGCUCUACAUUACCAAGGGUACCACAGUGGUAGUGACGUUUUGCUUGAUUUGGGUAUUUCCGAAGACAGAGGUUCAAAGCUGAACUUUUCCUUGUCUUCGUUUCAUGAAGAGAUGCCAGACAAUGAUGCGAUGUUCAGUAAUGAUGUUGAACCCUCGGUCCAACAAAGCACUAAAGGACUGAGUGUGUUCCUCUCCUCACUUUAUUCUGUGAGUGAAGAAAAGUAUGGGGAAGAUUUCUUAACAGUGAAUUCUUACAUACGCAAACUUACCGGCUGUAGCCCUCUGGCACAGAGUUUGUACCAGCUGAUCUGCGAGAAUGAGAUUGUUACGAAAACUCAGAAGAUUGCAAUCGUUGAGGGAUUGUACGUGUUGUUCAGAGAACUCUUGCCAAGUCCUGGACAGCGCAUAGAGGAAAAACCAAUAGAGGACCUGGAUGUCUUUGAGCAUGCGGCACACUGCUGGGCAUAUCUCCUAUCGACAGCGGGGGAUCACUCACUAGAUCAUGAGAACUACGCACCAGUUAACCUGACAUCUGAGGAGGACGUUCGUUUCUGUGAACCAGUCUAUGUACCAGGAACCCCAGUUGUCUAUGAAAGGGCAUAUGUUCUUCAAAAGAUCAGAGAUGGAGAGAAAAUUCCAAACUGCAGUGAAGUAAACUUGCAGGAAAGCUCACUGAUGAGAGCCAUGGAUAUAGAGAAGAUACUGCUCAGCCUGCCUCCCUCCAUCAGAAGAUACAGCGUUUGGUUGGCUCACACAAACAAGCUUGGAGAGAACUUUCAGGUGACUAUGAAGGAGACUUUUGGCGACAUGACAGAGAAACUGACAGAGUUCCCCUUCCUACAAGUGACACCACCGCUGCUACUCAAGGAUGUAGGGUGUAGUGGGCCGCUGCUUGUUCAACUGAGUGAAGAUAAUCUUGGCGUUUUUCUAGAGAAGGACAAAUUUCAACCACAACAGAUUAAAGUGCGGGAUUUCCUCUCUGGAAAAGAACUCACAAUUGAUGUGGAUGAACUGGCAGCCAGUACUGGUAAUUAUUCAGAUGACCGAACAUUUAUUACUUGCAGGACUCCAAAGGAAGCAAUACUGGUGCUGAUGGAUACCAGUUCCUCCAUGGAGGAGGAAUGCUAUGGUGAACUGAAAAUGAAGAAGAUGGACGCUGUGAAGGAGCUGUUUGACAGUUUUGCAACAAGGACCAUGGCCUAUGAUUUCCAUCACGUGAUUGGCCUUGCGAGCUUCAGCUCAAAAGUGACCGUCAUACAUACGUUUACUGAAACUCUGGAAAAAUUCAAGGCACAUCUGCGUGAGCUACGACCAAGUGGAUCCACUCUUCUGUACGAUGCCCUAAAACGUGGAGUCAAAGAACUGAACAAAGUGAAGGAGAUGUUCCCUCAAUGUAGACUCCGCAUCAUAUGUCUCACGGAUGGAAAUGAUUUGGGGUCGAUGGCAAGAACUGAAACUGUUGCAAUAAAUCUGAUUGAAUCCAACAUCGUUGUGGAUUCCAUCCUGCUCGGAGAUGUAGACAACCACACACUUCACGGUAUCAGCAAUGCCACAGGAGGUUGUUGUUUCAAGCCCGAAACGAGCAGAGAUGGCCUUAGACUUUUUGAGAUUGAAACGGUUCUCUCUCUGGAAAUGCGAAAACCUAAGGAAAAACUAGAUCCAUCCGCCAUCACAAGCGAGAGUGUUUUAAGUAGCAUCUUUGCACAACACGGCUACGAUGACCUCCCUGAGACUACUCUGCCAAGCAAGUUCAAUGACAAAGUGACCGUGACAGAGGAUGCAUUAAAAAAGAAGAUUCAGGAAUCUACGAAAUCCCCCUUGAUGGAGAAGGACAAACGUAUACUAGAGGAGUUGAGACGCUUGCACUGUGAGCCUCAUCCCUACUUCACCAUCUUCCCCUCCGAGUCCGACUUCACGUUUUGGAAGAUUCUGAUGCAGGGUCCUCCUGACACACCUUAUGAAAAGGGGGUCUUUGAGCUGUACUGUCAGUUUGACAAGGAUUACCCAGUGAAACCUCCUACAAUCCGCUUCUUCACACAUGUGUACCACUGCAACAUCAACAAUUCUGGACGGAUAUGUCACCACAUAUUUGACCGCAGCUACAACGCACAUGUCACCAUGAGGGAGAUCCUGGACGCCAUCUAUGGACUGCUCAUCGCCCCUGAGGCUGAAGACCCACUAGACAGCAUUUUGGCUGAGGAAUUCCUAUCCAGCAAGGACAAGUAUGAACAAGAAGCCAAGGAACAAACCGCGAAAACUGCAGCCAAGUCCUUCAAUGACAAAGAGCGGGAAUUGGUCGGUCGGAGUUCUGUUCCGAAGAACACACCCCAACAUCUGAAAUGUCUACUCAGCAAGAGGAUAUUUGUUGAUCCUGUUAAAACAAAGUAUGGGACAGUAUACGAGCGUAAGGCCAUCGAGGAGCACCUUAAAACAAAACCAUUUGAUCCACAAAUGGGGAAAAAACGUCCACUCCAGACUAGUGACCUUCAACAAGAUCGAGAUAUGAAGAAAAUGGUGAGGGAGCACAAGGUUCGUCAGAUUCAACCAGCAGGGCCUUGAAACGUUAGGCUAAAUGUGCCUUGUUUAUCACUAGUUCAGAAGAAAUCGGUCAUGGAGAGUGUUUUUUUUCUGUUGACAAGCAUCACCAAAACAGAGCAUCUCAUUGUAACAGUUUAAUCACAUUAUUGUUGCUUAUAAAAAAAUAUGUUUUCUCUUUUUUUUGUUAUCUUUCAAGUAUACCUGCUGUAGUCUGAUGAGGAACAAGCUGUAGUUGGGCUAUUUAACGCAGACAUUAAUGCGGAACUACUACUGGUCAUCAGUAUGAAUGUUCAUUUGUAAGACAUGCCCUUGUUUAUUGUUAUUUCUCAUGCAAAAAUGCAGUGUCUCUUCAUUCCAUGUGAAAACAUUGAACAUGUGAGGCCUCUCUAUGCCUUCUGUCAUGUUUGAUUCCUGUGUACUCUUUAAAUAAUCUUGUUUUGUUAUAAAACAAAUGUUUUGGGAAUUCUAUAAUCUUUCAGUCAUGUUUGAUUCAUUUAUACUCAUUAACAGUUUAUCCUUGUUCUUUGUAAUAUUGUUAUGAUCAUCAACGCUGAGUAGGAUGCUCCAAUACCAGCAUGUUGUUAUUAUCACUUAACCAACCGAUAUUGUUGGUCAAAUAAAUAGUUAUGUGAUUUGAAA